AUGACGUUAGGGAUGGGGGGCGAUGGCCUCAAGGUCAGAGACAAGGGCGGGAACAGCUUCCAUGUGUUUGACCAGGGCCAAUUCGCCAAGGAGGUGCUGCCCAAGUACUUCAAGCACAACAAUAUGGCCAGCUUCGUGAGGCAGCUCAACAUGUAUGGCUUUCGGAAAGUGGUCCACAUUGAGCAGGGUGGCCUGGUCAAACCAGAGAGAGAUGACACCGAGUUCCAGCACCCGUGCUUCCUGCGGGGCCAGGAGCAGCUCCUAGAGAACAUCAAGAGGAAAGUAACCAGUAUAUCCACGCUCAAGAGCGAAGACGUGAAGAUCCGCCAGGACAGCGUCACCAAGCUGCUGACAGACGUGCAGCUGAUGAAGGGGAAGCAGGAGUGUAUGGACUCCAAGCUCCUGGCCAUGAAGCAUGAAAACGAGGCCCUGUGGCGAGAGGUGGCCAGCCUGCGGCAGAAACAUGCGCAGCAGCAGAAAGUUGUCAACAAGCUCAUUCAGUUCCUGAUCUCACUGGUGCAGUCAAACCGGAUCCUGGGGGUGAAGAGAAAGAUCCCCCUGAUGUUGAGUGACAGCAGCUCAGCACACUCUGUGCCCAAGUAUAGCCGGCAGUACUCCUUAGAGCAUGUUCAUGGCCCAGGCCCGUACUCGGCUCCAUCCCCAGCCUACAGCACCUCCAGCCUCUACACCCCAGAGGCCGUCACCAGCUCUGGACCCAUCAUCUCCGACAUCACCGAGCUGGCACCUGCCAGCCCCUUGGCCUCCGUAGGCAGGAGUUUAGACACAAGGACUCUGUCCAGCAGCCCCCCGGUGCGUGUCAAGGAGGAGCCCCCAAGCCCACCUCAGAGCCCCCGAAUGGAGGCAGCAAGGCCUGGACACCCACCCUCUGUGGACACCCCUUUGUCUCCGACUGCCCUCAUCGAUUCCAUCCUGCAAGAGAAUGAGCCUGCUGCUGCGGCCGCCACCACCGCCCCCGUGGACACCAGAGCCCACAGCCCCGCACACUUACCCUCCACCCCUGAGAAGUGCCUCAGUGUAGCCUGCUUGGACAAUUUGGCUCGUGCUCCACAGAUGUCUGGGGCCGCCCGCCUCUUCCCCUGCCCCUCCUCUUCCUUUCUGCAUGGCCGAGUCCAGCCAGGGAAUGAGCUCAGUGACCACUUGGACGCCAUGGACUCCAACCUGGACAACCUACAGACUAUGCUGACCAGCCAUGGCUUCAGUGUGGACACCAGUGCCCUGCUGGACCUGUUCAGCCCCUCGGUGACCAUGCCCGACAUGAGCCUGCCUGACCUUGACAGCAGCCUGACCAGCAUCCAGGAGCUCCUGUCUCCCCAGGAGCCCCCCAGGUCUCUUGAGGCCGAGAACAGCAACCCUGACUCAGGGAAGCAGCUGGUACACUACACUGCGCAGCCCCUCUUUCUGCUGGACCCUGAUGCUGUGGACACGGGGAGCAGCGACCUGCCUGUGCUCUUUGAGCUGGGGGAGGGAUCCUACUUCUCUGAAGGGGAUGACUACACGGAUGACCCCACCAUCUCCCUGCUGACGGGCUCCGAGCCCCCCAAAGCCAAGGAUCCCAGUGUGUCCUAGAGGCCCCAGGCAGCCCGUGGCCUGCUCUCACCUACCCCCAGGGUAGGGCCGGCCCCGGGAAGGCAUGCGGUCCUGGGGCAGCCUUCACUGCCUCAGUAGCUCAGAGAGGAGGCUAGGGGCCGGGCUGUGUCUCAGGUCUAUAGGAGCACCUCGGAGCCCACACACCUGCUGCCUUCACCCCAGCCCUGCGUCCCCUGGCUUGGUUGGGGCUUGCUUCAUAGCCACACUCGGACUUGGCCCUGAGGGUUGUUCAUAGAAGUGUAUUUUGGAUUUUUAUAUGAGGGUCCUCCUUUUCCCCUUCACAGAGAAUAUAUACACACAAAUGGACAGACAAGAUAGCAGAGCUCUAUAAAUGGACAUGCUCUACGCUGUGUAUUC